AUGGCUGCUGUCUCCGUUGGCCAUUCUGUAUACAGAAGGAUCUGUACAAUACAAGAACCCAGAAAGAAAAGCAGCCCAAGAACAUUCAUCCUUUUAGGCUGCCAAAGCCACAAACCUGUAGACGCUUCCAACCCAAGAACGAAGAAAGAGAGCAGAAGGGAGUCGCUGUUGCCGGGAAUUCUUGUUGGUGUCGGGAAGUUUGGGAAGGUUUUGAAAGAGAACAUGAGCCCACAACAGAAGGGUGAUUGGAAGGACGUGAUGCUAAUGAGUCUAUCAUUUGCUGUUUAUGUGUAUAUUUCACAAAAGAUCGUUUGUGCUUAUUGUGCUUGGAUGUCCAUGCCAAGGCAACCGUGGUAG